ACCUGUGGUAAGGCGUGGUCCCUCAGCGAUUAAAAAUGGCUGCUGGUUUUAGAUUCAACUUUCAUGUUGAUGAUGAAGAAGAAAGUGAAACGUCUAUAACCGACAAUGCAAAUUCACUUACUCUAAAGCCAGGAAAACAGUUCGCCGUCCCUAAAGACUUCACCCUUCCCUUGGAUAUACGAACAGAAAAGCAAAACAUUGGAGGGUUUUCCUUUGUACAUUUGAACCUGCAAGAUGUCGAGAUGAAACUGAAAUCAAAUGAUAAAAGUAUGGAAAUAGCUAGUGCUAUUAGAACGAGUACUGACCUGAUACCAUCUGUGUACGAAGGAGGGCUUAAAAUAUGGGAGUGUGCUGUUGAUUUAGUGGAGUUUUUACAAGAGAGUCAAAUACUACUUCAAAACAGACGAGUUUUGGAGCUUGGCUGUGGUGCCGGAUUGCCUGGAAUCUUUGCUCUUCUGCAAAACGCGACUGUAGAUUUUCAAGACUACAAUGAGGAAGUUCUUGAAUACUUUACUCUUCCUAAUGUUACAUUGAACCUGGCUGCAAAUAGCACUUCAAUUGAAGAGAAACUAAAGAUCACAAACUUCUUUUCUGGUGAUUGGGGGAAAUUAGAAUCCUUCAUUAAUCCUGAAAAAUGUCAAGAAAAGUGCUAUGAUGUAAUCUUGACUGCAGAGACUAUUUACAAUGUAGAUAAUUAUGAUAAAUUACAUAGUUUUUUUGAGGCACACCUCAGAAGACCUGGUGGUGUUGUAUUUGUUGCAGCAAAGAGCCAUUAUUUUGGAGUUGGUGGAGGCACUGGCACAUUCGCUACUAUGAUUCAAGAAAAAGGGGUUUUUGAUGUGUCUGUAUGCAAGAAAUACAGCAUAGGACUACAAAGGGAAAUUCUAUCUUUGAAGUGGAAAACUACAUGAUAGUUUAAUUAAAUUAGGUUACUACAGUAAUUUGCAAGUUUCCCGCUCAUAGCUACACUGGGUACCAGAGCCUCCAGACUUCUCUUGACCAGUGACCAAGCGAAGCGAGGAGGCUCUGUGCAGGCGAGUAGCUUUUUUCAGUUCCAGAAAUACAGAUUUUGUAUUCUGCAGCUGAUUGGUCAACGAGAUUGUCAUAGUAACAUAAAACCAUAUUUGGUCAAUAUUCCCAUAUUUCGUUGUUUUGCAAAGGUUGAAAGUUCAGGUGUUCAAUUA